ACAACUGCGAUGUCUACUUAAUAGUAGAUAGUCAUAUAUGCCACCCUUUCAAAACUCUAUUGCAUCCUUCAUCAGUGGCGCGAAAGGCUAGCAUAGCGGGGGUUGCGCGCGAACCAGCCUCGUUUUCCUUUGAAGUCGACCGUGCUUGUGUGUUGGGCUUUUAGCACUGCUGCCAGGGCGCACGACGGCCUCGGUCGAACUAACAGGCCUAACACGUCACCGUCUGGCUAUUGCUGUGCCUAACUUCAUAAAUUUCGUGCCGAGACUCUGGAUUUAGGAGCUAUACAAGACGUUGCAGGAAUCGAGGUCUAAUUCCUGACUAUACAUCUCUGGGUCUCACGAGGGCCGAGCUUGUCAAGGGGAGUUGCACUGACUUCGCCUUGGGAAAUCAUUGCGCUUUGACUGCUUUGAUACUUGUUUACCCAAUAAGACCUUGUGACAACGCCAUGUUCCACUCAGCAAAACCAUACUCGGCUGUGACCGUUCAGAUUGAGGUGCUCACCGGUGAGCAAUACGAGAUUGAAGACUCGAGUGGAAUUGUCGAUCUCAUCGAAGCGAUUCGCAUUCAGAGCAGCGGACCGACUGAAGCAAGUCGUGCGUUGCGUAAGAAACUUAAAUAUGGCAAUCUGCAUCGCCAGCUGAGAGCUCUUACUAUUCUUGACUUCUUGAUACAGAAUGCUGGAGAUCGAUUUCUCAGAGAGUUCGCAGAUGAACCACUCUUGGAGCGUCUACGAAUCGCAGCCACCGAUCCAGUAUCUGAUCCCUUGGUCAAACAGAAGUGCAAGCAACUCUUCGGGCAAUGGGCAGUAUCCUACAAGGACACGCCGGGGAUGGGAGGGGUGACAGCGCUUUACCGGCAGCUUCCAAAGCGCAAACAACCCGCUACUCAGGCCAAGGCGAAAGUUCUCCGGGAUACUGGUAAUUCGACAAAUAAUGAGCCACAACUGGGCCAUACAGUCUCUAUUUCGGUAGGAAACGGCCCAAGCACUGUCUUGAGCAGUCCCAAGCACAAACAUACAUCGAGCAAAUCUUCUUUCAAGAGAGACAAGAAAGAAAAGGAGAAGAAAAUACAUAAUAGGUCAUUCAGUUUGGAGAGGGAGAAGCCGGAGAUGCUACAGACCCUCGCCUCUUCCUCGGUCGCCAGCACCAACCUUCUGAAUGCGCUGAAGCGUGUAAACCGGGAAACUCACCGGGUGAGCGAGGAUGCAGAGUGUCUCAACCGGUUUGAGACCUGCAAGCUCCUUAGGCGGCAAAUUCUCCGGUACAUUCAGCAUGUCGAGAGCGAGGAAUAUCUGGGAAGUCUUAUCCACGCCAAUGAGGAGUUGGUUACUGCACUUAUGGCGUUCGAAGUCCUGGAUAAGAGUAUAGAUUAUGACAGCGACAGUGACCAGGAUGUACUUGAAAGUGGCUGGACUCCUGAUCGAGACGGUCUCAAUGAAUCGUUUGCCGGACUGGUCGUCAACCCUCCCAAACCUCCUCGGCCUCCUCGCCCUUUGAGCAUAUCCGCACCGUCAUCCUCCCAGCAAAAGUACAUUAGUGCCAGUGAGUCGGAGACGGAUGAGGAUGACGACGACGAGAACAAUCCAUUUGGCGACAGAAACGCUAUCCGCACUCCUGGUCUUGAGAAGACUGAGCCUACAUGGAGAGAAGUUUGAAUCCGUGUUCUCUAUUUCACUUGUAACGCCAUGGCCCCGCUAUACUUCUUAUGUCUCUUAUGAUUAUCCAUGUUCACUAUUUCGACGGUAAUGAGGGGAAUGAAAAUGAAGGGGAGGACGACUAGGAUUCACGGCUUAGAAAAUCGCUCAGGCGGAUUAUACCCGAGUUACUUAUAUCAGCAGCGCUCUUAACAAUUGUAUGGGCUUGAAGGAAUGAAUUUCUAGAAAUGAGGUGGUCUUUGCAAGUCUGCUCUUAUGUAAACUCUCUCGGGGCGUUGGCAGAGCGCAAAUGGAAUAUUCCUUCUAUCAUCGAUUCUCAGUAUCGAGCAGUUGACUGGCAGGAUGUAGUCGCA